UAUAUUUCCUUCCCUAGAAUGGUUAAUGCCUCGGCAAACAAAACGGAGAUUUUGUCUCUCCAUCGCCACUUAACUUUCUUUCAAUCUGCUAGGGUUCUGUAUUCUCUAGCUCCUUAUCCACUAUAGUGUCCAUAAUUCAGGUUUUUCCCCCCCUUUUUUUGUGGCUUCAUCGAAGCUAAAUUUUACUGAUAUUUUGUUUCAGAAAGAAGAAAAAAAUCUAGUGCUAUUUCUUUCAUUUAUUUUUGUGUGGUUCUGGGUAUUCUUCUUCUGUCUGGUUGCUGAGAAAAUGAGGAAUAGGAAAGAAAUUAUUGUGGAUCGUGUUGUAUUGUUUCCAAAUGUUUGAUAAUGGGGCAACUUUGGCGAGUCACGUAAAUGCUGUCCUGCUCGCUUUCCCCUACGCUUUUGUUUCCGUAAACGUUGGGAUCAUUGGCAAUUGAAACCAAGUUUGAUUUUUAUUUUCUCGGCCUACAUUUUCAUAGCUAUUCAAAAAUGCCUUGAAGCGCUGCAAUGUUUUACGAUCAAGAAUAGGCCAUUUUAUUAGCAGUAAUUAAUAUUUCAUUAAAAUGUUUUAGUUAUUGAUCUCCAUUUCCUCUUUAUAGCUCUGUCGGUGAAUGUUUAGGGGCUGUGAAGAAAUUUUUAGGGAGUUUGCAGAAAGUACUUGAGUCGAUUAAUUGGGAAGCAAGGAGAAGAAGUGGGUUGAUUUAGUUAUUCCUUUGUGGGGUUGUGUUGUAGUUGUCUUUUGCAGGGUAUAUGUUCUUGGGAAAGUAAAAUGAGUGUGGUUGGGUUUGAUAUAGGUAAUGAAAACUGUGUUAUUGCCGCUGUGAAAGAACGGGGUAUUGAUGUGCUGUUGAAUGAUGAAUCUGCACGCGAAACGCCAUCUGUGGUGUGUUUUGGUGAGAAACAGCGGUUUAUUGGGGCUGCUGGUGCUGCUUCUGCUAUGAUGAACCCAAAAUCCACUAUAUCUCAAGUGAAGAGAUUGAUUGGCCGGAGUUUUACAGAUCCUGAUGUUCAAAAUGAGCUAAAAAUGUUACCAUUUGAGACUUCUGAAGGGCAGGACGGUGGCAUUUUGAUUAAGUUGAAAUAUUUGGGUGAGACACAUACAUUUACACCAGUUCAGAUCAUGGCAAUGCUCUUCUCACAUUUGAAAGGAAUAACAGAGAAAAAUUUAGAAAUGCCUGUUCUCGAUUGUGUGAUUGGGAUACCAUCAUACUUCACAGACUUGCAGAGACGGGCAUAUUUGAAUGCUGCAGCAAUUGCUGGGUUGAAGCCUUUGAGAUUGAUGCAUGAUUGUACUGCAACAGCGCUCAGCUAUGGGAUUUACAAAACUGAUUUCUCCAAUUCAGGGCCAACAUAUGUCGCAUUUGUUGACAUUGGUCACUGUGACAUGCAAGUAUCCAUCGUAUCAUUUGAGUCUGGGCAUAUGAGGGUUCUAUCCCAUGCUUUUGAUAGCAACUUAGGAGGAAGGGACUUUGAUGAGGUUUUGUUUAGCUAUUUUGCUGAACAGUUCAAGGAGAAUUACAAAAUAGACGUGUAUUCUAAUGUAAGGGCUUGUAUUAGGUUAAGGGCAGCAUGUGAGAAGUUGAAGAAAGUUUUGAGUGCAAAUCCAGAGGCACCUCUGAAUAUUGAGUGCUUGAUGGAUGAGAAAGAUGUUAAAGGUUUUAUUAAGAGAGAGGAAUUUGAAAGGCUGGCUUCAGGAUUAUUGGAGAGAAUAAGUGUUCCUUGCAAGAAAGCUUUAGCUGAUGCAGGGAUACCAGUGGGGAAGAUCCAUUCUGUUGAGCUUGUUGGCUCAGGGUCUAGAAUGCCAGCCAGUACUAAGUUGUUAGCUUCUCUAUUUGGGAGAGAACCCAGCCGGACACUAAAUGCAAGUGAAUGUGUGGCACGUGGAUGUGCCCUCCAGUGUGCAAUGCUUAGUCCAAUUUUUCGAGUGAGAGAAUACGAGGUUCAAGAUUCAUUUCCUUUCUCUAUUGGAUUAUCAUCAGAUAAAGGCCCAAUUAGUGCAGGGUCAAAUGGCAUAUUGUUUCCAAAAGGACAACCCAUUCCAAGUAUCAAAGUUUUGACUUUCCAACGAAGUAAUUCAUUUCAUUUGGAAGCAUUCUAUGCCAAUCCAAAUGAACUUCCCCCUGGUGCAUCUUCAAAAAUUAGUUCUUCCACAAUUGGUCCUUUCCCUGGCUCCUAUAGUGAAAAGGCAAGGAUUAAACUUAAAGUCCAAUUAAACCUUCAUGGAAUUUUCACCAUUGAGUCGGCUAUGUUGAUGGAAGACCAUAUAGAUGAUUGUGUGAGAAGGGACAAUGCUUAUCCAGAAAGAGACAAAAUGGAAGCAGACUCUGCUUCAUUUGGUUCUUCAACAAAGCUUGCAAAUGGUGAUGAUGACGAUGUGACAAUGGCUGCCAGAUCAUUAGAUGAUUCAGUUAAUGGCGCAACAAAAAAUAAUGCCGGUCAUAGGCUUGAGAUACCAGUUACUGAGGACAUAUAUGGUGGAAUGACCGACGCUGAACUUUCAGAAGCUAAAGAGAAGGAAUUUCAGCUAGCUCAACAGGACAAACUUGUCGAACAAGCCAAAGACCAGAAGAAUGCCCUGGAAUCAUAUGUUUAUGAAACACGAAAUAAGCUUUUGAACACAUAUCGGAGCUUUGCCAGCGCUCAAGAGAAAGAGGGAAUCUCCAGGAGCCUACAGGAGACUGAAGAAUGGCUUUAUGAAGAUGGUGAUGAUGAAACUGAGAAUGCUUAUACCUCAAAAAUGCAGGACCUUCAGAAGUUGGUGGAUCCCAUUGAGAAUCGGCAUAAAGAUGUAGAAGCAAGAGCACAAGCUAAACGAGAUCUGUUAAAUUGCAUUGUUGAGUAUCGAAUGACUGUUAAUUCUCUCCUGCCUGAGGAUAAGGAAUCAAUCAUUAACGAGUGCAAUAAAGCUGAGCAGUGGCUGAGAGAGAGAACCCAACAGCAAGACUCCUUACCCAACAACGCCAAUCCAGUGUUAUGGUCAUCGGAGAUAAAGAGCAGGACACAGGAUUUACACUCGACAUGCAAGCGUAUAUUGGAAAGGAAGGGAUCACCAUAAAGUUGGGGGGGCCCGGCCAGCCAGUAUAGGUUCCAAGAUUUUGAAGACCUCCCAGACAAGUUCCCCUUCGACGUACACUUGUGACGUAGGACAGAUUACAGAGUCCAAUUAUAGAAUUUUGAUAUUAAUAGGCAUAUACAAAAACUAUUAGUAGUAGUAGUAGUAGUAUUAAGGAUCCUGUCUUUCAGUAACCUGAUAAUGCUCUAUUAUUACAUAGGGUAGAUGGUGAGGUGCUGAUCAAGAUGGGUGGCCCUUUUUUCAUCUCAUCUAAGUAUAUGAGCUGUACUUCAAAAGACAAAUUUGAAGUUCGCUUUAUGUUCACCCUUAUUUUUGGUAAUGCAAGUGUGACCAUACUUCAUUCAUGGUUGGUUGGCAAA